AUGUGGAAUGGAUAUUUAGAAUGGGUACCGUUAAAUUAUUAUUACUAUCCACAACAAGAAAUAUACGAAAAUUAUUAUUCAAACUGCAUGCAUCCUACAUAUGAAAAUUUCCAAACUGAUCCGCAAUAUAAUUAUCAAUCACCAAUAUAUAAUAUAAAUAUAUAUAAUACAAAUGUUGACUUAAAUGAAGAUUUAAAUCAAGUAGUAAAUAAUGAAAUAAGUGAACCUGUUUUCGAAACAUUUACGAGAAAUAGAAUUGAAGAUACAAAGCAAUAUGAACAUGAGCAAGUUAUAUUAAAUGAAUUAUGGCAGAGUAAUUAUGUACAGACUCUUAAAGGUGAUCCACUACUUCAUUGGACCAUAACGCAAGGUUUUGUAGAGUCUGCGUGUGCUAUGAUAAGAACGACACUAGAAAUUGAGUUUUUAAAUGUUUUGAAUAGUGAUGGUCAAUCACCUUUACACCUGGCCGUACUGGCAAAGCAACCGAGGAUUAUUAGAGAAUUAAUUCUGGCAGGUGCAAAUCCAGAAGUGAGGAAUUUUCGUGGAAAUACACCUCUUCAUUUGUCAUGUUCGAUCGGUGAUUUUCAAUCGACAUUUGCCCUCGUUAGUCCUUUAAAUUCUAGUGAAUAUUAUUAUCUUCGUCCUGGAAUGAAAGUACCCAUCUUACCUCAAAAUCUUGAAUUACGGAAUUACGACGGACAAAUGUGUAUGCACAUUGCCGUUUCAUCGAAUUAUAUAGAGCUUGUACGACUUCUGAUAGAUCAUGGUGCGAAUAUUGAAGCCAGGGAGGGUUUAACAGGAAGGACUGCUCUUCAUCUAGCUAUAGAACGAGGAUAUGAAUCAAUAAUUACGCUUCUUCUUCAAAAAAGCAAGACUUGUUUAAAUACAAAAAACUAUGCUGGAAAGACAGCAUAUCAGUUAGCUCGAAAUUCUAAUAGUCAAUAUACAAAAAUAUUAAAAAAGAAACGUUAA